UGGCUGUGUAGCCCAAAACGCGAAUGAACAUCGACCGUGGAAGUUGACUGCAAGUACAAAGCGCUGCACUGAAGAAGUGUUCGAAAUACAUGUGAGACUAGCGCUAAGCAAAGGCCUCACUAGCCAACGCAGCACAACACACACACACUCGCAUAUUAAUUCAGCCUCCCUCUUCACAUCAUCCACACGAUUCAACGACGUUGUCGUUGUCUGCCAGCAGCCCGAGCCUAAGACCAUCUUGAGCCUUCCGUUGCCCUCCUGCCGGAUCAAAUCUACUUAAAACUGCUGCUCACCAAACUAAACCAACUAACAACAACAACAACAGCCAGCAAACUUGACUCUGCAACACUUUACUAUUAACAACAUUGGCAACAUUGUCUGAUUAAGAGUUGUAAACACAGUGCAAAAUGCCGCCAAAUGCAAAAACGGACGGCGAGCAGCCAGCAGCGGAGCCAGCGCCUGUGGCCCCAGGUGCUGAGACAGCUCCAGCCGAAUUGGAGACGAUCAGCCAGAAGCUGGAGGAAACGACACAUCACUCCAAUUUUCGGGAACAGGCGGCGGUACAGGCUGCCGAACAUCAGAAGGCAGAGAAUCAAAGAAUCGCACAAGUGGAGACUACAAUAGCGCCAAAAACGACAGCGGAACCAGAGGAAACUACCACCUCGAUGCCGGUGAUUAAAAAGAUUGAGAAUGUCGGUGAAAAGAUCGCUGUGAAACUGGCCGAUACAACGGGCUUGCCCACAUGGGGCGUGGUCGCGAUUAUAAUACUCGUAUUCCUGGUCGUCUUUGGUAUAAUAUUCUUUUGUGUGCGGCGAUUCCUUAAGAAGCGAAGAACCAAAGAUGGUAAGGGUAAGAAAGGUGUCGAUAUGAAAUCGGUUCAGUUAUUGGGAUCGGCAUACAAAGAGAAAGUUCAGCCUGAUAUGGAGGAACUCACCGAAAAUGCCGAAGAAGGCGACGAAGAGGACAAACAGAGCGAACAAAAGCUGGGGCGUCUCAACUUCAAGCUUGAAUACGACUUCAACUCAAACAGCUUGGCCGUAACCGUUAUACAGGCCGAGGAGCUGCCAGCUCUGGACAUGGGCGGUACUUCGGAUCCCUAUGUGAAGGUCUAUCUGUUGCCCGACAAGAAAAAGAAGUUCGAGACAAAGGUGCACCGCAAGACCCUCAGUCCUGUCUUUAAUGAAACGUUCACAUUCAAGAGUUUACCGUAUGCCGAUGCCAUGAACAAGACGCUCGUAUUUGCCAUCUUUGACUUUGAUCGAUUCUCAAAACACGACCAAAUUGGUGAGGUGAAGGUGCCGCUGUGCACCAUCGAUUUGGCGCAAACCAUUGAGGAAUGGCGUGAUCUGGUCAGCGUUGAGGGUGAAGGUGGACAGGAAAAGCUUGGUGACAUUUGCUUCUCGCUGCGUUAUGUGCCGACCGCCGGAAAACUAACAGUUGUCAUACUCGAGGCCAAGAACUUGAAGAAAAUGGAUGUCGGUGGAUUGUCUGAUCCAUAUGUGAAAAUUGCAAUCAUGCAAAAUGGCAAACGUUUGAAAAAGAAGAAGACAAGUAUCAAAAAAUGCACCCUCAACCCUUACUAUAAUGAGUCGUUCUCAUUUGAAGUACCAUUUGAACAAAUACAAAAAAUCUGUCUUGUUGUUACCGUUGUGGAUUACGAUCGUAUUGGCACCUCUGAGCCCAUCGGACGCUGUAUACUUGGCUGCAUGGGCACUGGAACUGAGUUGCGCCAUUGGUCCGACAUGUUGGCAUCGCCUCGUCGACCCAUUGCUCAAUGGCAUACCCUCAAGGAUCCCGAGGAAACUGACGAAAUACUUAAGAACAUGAAGUAAACGCUACACGGCUGACAAAUCCAGCACUUCAGCACACCUAAGUAUCAGACGUUAUGGCAAAAGGAAAAGACAAAGAAAAAACCAAAGAUAACUCAAGCGAACCGUCAUUGUAAUCGUAUGCAUCAUCAGCUACUGAUCCAUUGGAUCUAUUAUGGAUCUCGAAGGACCUCAACAAACCCCACAACAAACAACAAUCAAUAUAAAUAUCGUAGCCCGCGCAGUUUAUCAACAACAACACAAUCAAAUCUGAUUAAAAACAAACAAACAUAUAUAUUACAAGCCUUUGGAAACAAAAUGGAAAUAAGAGGAAAAACACACAAGUCAAAGAAACUAGUAUGAAUUUAGAAAUUUAAGUUCUACUUACAUUGGUUCAUCCAUUAUUAAAACAAAAAGCAAUUUAUUAUCCAACUUUGCGCCUGCAAUAAAUUAAUCAAGAAAAGUUUCGUAUUGAAUUGGAUUAAUCACAUUUAUUUCGAAAAUAAUGCAGAAAAUUUCUAGUAUUUUAUUGUUGUUGUCAUGAGAUAAUGGAAAAAUCUACGAGUAUGUUACAAAAAUAUAAUUCAAAAAACUCUAUAUACUCAAAUAUAUAAAACAAAAACUAAAACAAAACAAAAAAUCAACUAAAUCAUCAUUUUAACGUGUUAAGUUUUUGAUUCAUUUAAAAUAAAAGUAAAUCUAUUAUUAUUUUGUUCUCAUCUUACAAAAAAAAGGAAAACAAAAACAAAAAACGGAAACUGUUGAAAGUUUAUUAGAAAAUCAAUGAAAAUACCAAAAGACAAACUGUUAUGUAAAUUAAUUUAUUAUAUUUAAUUAUCGAUUGUAUUAUGUAUUAUUGUAAUUGUGUAAGUAUAUUAAACAUCAACAUAUAUAUGAGACAUGACAGACAUAUGAAUGAAGAAGUAAAACAAAAAAUAAAUAAAAAUAUAUUAUAUUACGAAUAAAAAAAAAAAAAAACAAAUUAUGUAUAACCCCUGCAUAGACUAAU